AUGUCGGCAGGACGAAUCGAGUACUAUGGAAUUUCCGGUCGAGUGAGAAAGAAUGCGACUACUGCCUGCGAUAGGUGUCGCCAGAGAAAGGUAAAGUGUGAUGGCAACGAGCCGCAAUGCUGGAACUGCGAGAUCCACGGUUUUGAAUGUACCUUUCGAUCGGAUGCAGACAAACGCAAACGACCUAGGCCGAUCGUGUCACGUAUACAAGCCCUCGAGCAGCUUCUGCUGGAUAAUAACAUUCCUAUCCCCUCAACUGCUCCAACCACGGGAGAGCAAUCGAUUGGACUCCAGGAGUAUUUGGCACCAAAUGAGCCAAUUAGUGGAUUGCAUGGGCAACCGGUUUCAAGAGGCUCGCCAAUCAUGGAAGGAGAGCCUAUCAUUCAUUCAAUUCCGGCGCCUCCAGCGGAUCUGUUCAUCUCAGAGCCAGAGUCACAUGUUCCGUGCAUGGGGGACGAGGCCGCGAUUUCAUUGAUAUGGAAUGUCGAGGCUAGAGCCCCAGCUGACGUAUUCGAUUGUCAAUUUCCUGAGAGUAGGACAGUCACAGCGACAGCUGAUGAUCAACAAUAUCUAUCUGCUAAUCGUCACGAAAACGAAGAUGCAUCCAGCAAUCUUCAUACGGAGCGCGAUCUGGCCACCGAGAAUGACCUGGAUUCACUGGUGAUACGGGUUGGAUCUCUCCGGGUUGCGGAGGAUGGGGAAAUGCGCUUCUUUGGAGCCACAUCUAAUCUCCAUUUACUACAGCAACGCGCUUUCGAUCCCCUGUACUAUCAUCACACGAUACGCGAGAAUACUCAGACCAUCCUCGAGAAGGCUGGAGUGGGACAGGAGGUUCCAAGGGAGCUAGAAGACCAUCUCAUCAAGUUGUAUCUCUCCUGGGAAGACCCAGCUACCCACGUUGUCGAUGGACAGCGAUUCCUCGAGGCCCGAAAUCAAGUCCUAGACCAUCCAUCCAAUGUGGAGCGCUUGCCCUCCUAUUACUCUGAAGUGCUGGUCAACGCAAUGUGUGCCAUCGGUGCAGCGUUUACAACUCGUGUUGUUCCCGAGCUCCCUAUGCCGAUGGCUGAAUUCUUUAGCUCUCGCGCCAAAGCUUUGUUGGAAGUCGAGAUGGAUAGCCCACGUGUUGCUACUGUACAGGCACUAGUCGUGUUGAGCGCACACGAGGCAGCAUUCACCCGGGAUGCUAGAGGAUGGUUGUACAGUGGGAUGGCGAUGAGGCUGGCCGUCGAUCUCGGCCUCCAUAUGAACGCGGAGAUAUUCGUAACUACCGGCGUAAUGAGCAGAAACGAGGCUGAUAUACGACGAACAACUUACUUUGGGGUAUAUAUGCUGGAUAUAUAUUGGAGUUACUACAUGGGACGUCCCCCAAUGAUGAAUGCGGUGAAUGCGACCAUCCAGAUGCCUCAAACAGAGGAUGAUAUGAAUUCCCAUAGAAUAUGGCAGCCAUAUACGGAAGAACGAGAGAUAGGUAUUGAGUCAGGGCCAUCCUGGAGAUCUACCGAUCCAAUAUGGACUCAAUGCAAAUAUACCUCAACGAGAUAUACACCCAUCCCCGUUCCCACGAACACUUUAAUCCUUCGCGUUAUGGAAUGCACCGAACAUCUUGUUAGAUGGUUCAACGAGUUACCACCUACCCUUCAAGUUGACCCCGACGAUUCGAACGAAAUAUAUUUGCCGCAUAUCAUACAACUCAACAUGCAAUAUCACGAGAUCCUAAUCUUUGCCAAUCACCCUUUUGUCACUAACAGCGCAGUCAAUGCCCUUCAUACGCGCGACAUGGACCAUAUUUGCAGAACAUCGGCAUCAGCCAUCGCUAAGCUGCUAAUGCUGUAUGAGCGACAGUGGACUCUCGUCCGUAUUAACAUCCAAGCCGUAAAGAUCGUUUUCUCUGCCACGUUGGUUCAUUUCUCUGUCACGACAGCAUUACGCGCUCUGGAGUUUAUCCUCCUGGCAAAGGAAGAUAUGAAAAAGAACGAAACAUCCUCGCAGCUGCAAAGCUCGAUUUUUGGCAAUCAUGAGGUGGAGCGCAAGUGGUAUAUGUUGGAAGUGGCAUUAGAGGAGGUUAAGGAGACGUUAAACAAGAGACGGGCUGAAAUUAAACAUGUUUCAUGGAUGGAGGAAUGGUCUGUGCUGAGUUCAUCUUUAGAGGGUGAUCCUUUUGGGUAUAUUAUAUGA